AUGAAAACUGUUUGCUGGUUAGUUUGACUGGAGUUAGGUGAAAUUGUACUGUUAAUGUUUUAACUAGAAAAUGCUUUUUUUAAAGGAAACGCCAUGGAGGCGAUUGGAAGGCAUGUCAUUUGGCAUGUACUCUCCCGACGAAAUAAGGAAAUUGAGUGUCAAAAGUGUCACCAAUACCAUGAUACUGGAUAAUGUCGGUAACUCGGCACCCAGUGGACUUUACGACUUGUCCCUGGGACCGGCUGAUCACAAAGAAAUCUGUUCAACGUGCAUGCAGGAUUUCAACCAUUGCCCAGGACACUUUGGACACAUAAACUUGCACUUACCUGUCUAUAACCCUUUCUUAUUUGAUAAAUUGUACAUGAUUGUGCGAGGUUCCUGUCUGUCAUGCCAAAUGUUGACAUGUCCAAGGGCUGCCAUUCACUUGCUUCUGUACCAACUCAAGUUAUUAGAUGUAGGAGCAAUGAAGGAAGUCUAUGAACUUGAGAUUGCUCUCAGUCAGUUUUUAGAAGGUAACCCACAGGCAUCAGGAGCGGAAAUUCAGGAAGCUUUGGAGGAAUUCAGUGCACCUAUUAUCAGAGGAAACCAAAGCAGCUGCAACCAUGCACCUGUGAAGAAUGUUUGCGAGAUAAAAAACAGUCUUAUUGGUAACUUUUGGAAGAUCCACAUGGGUUCAAGAAAAUGUCUCAACUGCAAGGCUGUCAAAGCACAAGUACGCAGAGAACACAACAGUAAACUGAUUGUCACACGUAUGGUUUGCAAAGAUGGUAAAGAAGAAGAAGCAGAUGAUGUUCACAUGGGUAAACGUGGGUACCUGACUCCAAGCUUGGCCCGAGAACAUGUCCUCAAACUGUGGGAAAAAGAGGGUUUCUUCCUGAAGCACUUAUUCUCAGGCCUGGCUGUGAACAGCCCAGAUAUGUUCUUCCUAGAAUUGUUAUUGGUUCCUCCAUGCAGGUAUCGUCCCAUUAAUCGUCUGGGAGACCAAAUGUUCACCAAUGGCCAGACAGUGAACAUGCAGGCAGUGAUCAAAGAUAAUAUCAUCAUUCAGAAACUGCUUGCUCUCAUUGCAGCAGAGGCUCAAAAGGUAGACUGUACUCAGACAGAACUGGAGGAGCCCACAGAAACAGCAAAGACCAGCCAGAUGGACCACAUGUUUUUAGCCAGCCUGCCUGGAGUCACCCUCACAGAUAAACUUUAUAACGUCUGGAUCCGCCUGCAGAGUCACGUCAAUGUUGUGUUUGACAGCGAUUUGGACAAGCUAAUGACUGAAAAAUUUCCUGGAAUCCGCCAGCUCUUCGAAAAGAAGGACGGUCUAUUCAGGAAGCAUAUGAUGGGCAAGAGAGUGGACUAUGCCGCUCGCUCUGUCAUCUGUCCUGACAUGUACAUCGGAACAAAUGAGAUCGGAAUACCCAUAGUGUUUGCCACCAAACUGACAUACCCACAGCCGGUCACACCCUGGAAUGUGAAGGAGCUACGGCAGGCUGUGCUCAAUGGGCCAAAUGUGCACCCGGGAGCCUCCAUGGUGAUUAAUGAGGAUGGCUCACGUACUAUCCUAAGCAGCACUAACCCAACCCAGAGGGAGGCCAUUGCCAAGCAGCUCUUAACACCCAGUACAGGCCAGCAUCGCAUGCCCAUGAAAAUUGUAAAUCGUCAUAUCAAAAAUGGUGAUGUGCUCCUCCUGAAUCGACAACCCACAUUGCACCGGCCAUCCAUCCAGGCACACGUGGCCCAUGUACUGCCUGGGGAGAAAGUGCUACGGUUGCACUACGCCAAUUGCAAGGCCUACAAUGCUGACUUUGACGGAGACGAGAUGAAUGCGCACUUUCCGCAGAGUGAACUGGGUCGUGCUGAGGCCUACAUGCUUGUCAGUACUGACCAUCAGUACCUGGUACCCAAGGAUGGGAAGCCCUUGGCCGGUCUAAUUCAGGAUCACAUUGUGUCAGGUACCAGCAUGACCAUACGGGACUGCUUUUUCAAGCAGGAUCAGUAUAUGGAGCUGGUCUACAGAGGCCUCACUGACAAAAAGGGCAGAGUCAAGCUGCUUUCUCCUGCUCUCCUCAAGCCCCAAAGACUUUGGACCGGCAAACAGGUUGUGUCCACCCUGUUACUGAAUAUCAUCCCAGAGAAUUGCAUCCCACUGAACCUGAUGGGAAAGGCCAAGAUCCCUAGUAAGGCCUGGGUGAAGGAGCAUCCUCGAUUUGUGCCAGGAUACAAAUCAGACUCCAUGUGUGACUCCCAGGUGGUCAUUCGUUAUGGGGAGUUGCUGGUAGGCGUUCUGGACAAGGCCCACUAUGGAAGUUCAGCUUAUGGCCUGGUACACUGUUGUUAUGAGCUCUAUGGAGGAGAGACCAGUGGCAAGCUGCUCAGCUGCCUUGCUCGUCUCUUCACUGCUUAUCUUCAGUUAUACCGUGGCUUCACUAUGUCUGUAGAAGACAUUUUAGUGAAUCAUGGGGCCAACAGACAAAGGAAGAUGAUUAUAAAAGGAUCAGUCAAAUGUGGAGCAAAGGCUCUCCGAGCUGCCUUUAACCUGCCAGAAAGCACCAAUGAGAGUGAAUGCAGAGACCUCUGGCAGAAUGCCCAUCUGAAUGUAGACCAGCGUCACUUCGAUAUGGUGGAGCUCAAAUUCAAAGAAGAGGUUAAUCAAGUCAGCAACAAUAUCAAUAAGGUGUGCAUGCCACUGGGUCUACAUCGUUCAUUUCCUGAGAAUAGUCUUCAGCUGAUGGUGCAGUCUGGAGCCAAAGGUUCCACAGUCAAUACCAUGCAGAUCUCCUGUCUGUUGGGCCAGAUUGAGUUGGAGGGCCGUCGGCCUCCCAUGAUGCCUUCUGGGAAAUCGCUUCCUUGCUUUCAGCCUUAUGACCCAGAGCCUCAUUCUGGGGGCUUUGUGUCUGGCAGGUUUCUCACUGGGAUUAAACCUCCGGAGUUCUUUUUCCAUUGUAUGGCUGGUCGUGAAGGUCUUGUGGACACUGCUGUUAAAACAAGCCGUUCUGGGUAUCUGCAGAGAUGUGUGAUUAAGCAUCUGGAGGGCCUUGUAGUCCACUAUGAUUUGACAGUGAGGGACAGUGAUGGCAGUGUGGUGCAGUUCCUCUACGGGGAGGAUGGCCUGGACAUCCCUAAAACUCAGUUCCUGCAGCUACGCCAGUUGCCAUUCAUCAAAAACAACUCUGAGGCUAUCAGAAAAUCACAGUGCUUGGAAAAAGUGCUGGUGAAACUGGACCACCUGGUGGCUGAAAACCACUUUAGGAACAUUAAAAAGUGGAAGGCCAAGCAUGCACAUGUAUCCCCAAGAGAUGGUGGCUUUCUGCGUUUUUCUAAAAAGAACCUGAACAAGAUGAAAGCUCGAGGUGAAGGCCAUACAGAAGACUUGAUCAAUGGGAGAGAUGCAGCUACUCUACAUCUACAGGACAAAUGGAGAACUAUGCAUGAUUCCUGCCGUGCAAAGUAUAUGAAGAAGACAUCCCGCUGCCCAGAUCCCUGUAUAGCUGUUUUUCGGCCUGACAUCUGUUUUGGUUCGGUGUCUGAGACAUUUGAUUCUCUCAUUGACUCCUACCUAACUCAGUUCAACAUCAAACAGGAGUUUCUCACUUUGCCUGAGACACUCAACUGUGAAAAAUUAAGACAUCUCUUGCAGCUGAAAUGGCAGAGAGCAUUGUGUGAACCAGGCGAGGCAGUGGGUCUGCUUGCUGCUCAGAGUAUUGGGGAACCCUCCACCCAAAUGACAUUGAACACCUUCCACUUUGCUGGCAGAGGAGAGAUGAAUGUCACACUGGGUAUUCCCAGGUUACGUGAAAUCCUCAUGAUUGCCAGUUCCAACAUCAAAACACCCAUGAUGAGCAUCCCUGUUUUAUCCAACAAGAAAGCCAUGAAGCAAGUGAAAACCCUGCGGAAGCAACUCACACGUGUUUGUCUGGCAGAGGUGUUACAUAAGGUUGAUGUGGUAGAGACGCUUCGCAUGAAGGGUAAAAGAAGCCAAAAGAAACGGGUCUUCAGAAUCACAUUCCAGUUCCUUCCCCCAGAGCGCUAUCAGCAGGAAAAGCUUCUGUCACCGCAGCAAAUUCUAAGAUUUGUGGAAGACAAAUUCUUUCGUUUACUGCUUGAAGCCAUUAAGAAGCUAAGUGCUAAACUGGCGUCUAUAAACACAGUGGACACACGCAAAGCCACAACCAAGGACACUGAUCCGGACACAGAGGACUCUUCAGCCAGAGCGGUUGAUGAUAGAGACACAGAGGAGGACCGAGUGGUGGAUGAUGAGGCAAAUGAAGGGGAUGCAGAUGCCUCUGAUGCCAAGAGGAGAGAAAAGCAAGAAGAAGAGGUUGACUAUGACAGUGAAGAGGGUGAGGAUAGUGGGGAUGAAGAGCAGGAGGAGGCAGCAGAGGAGCUUGAGGAGCAGGUAGGAUCUGAAGGGCCAUCUGAAGAGAAGCUGUGCAGAGCCCCACUGUCUGAGCCAUCCAGCUUCAGUAACCAGGAGUAUGAGGCUAACGCUACACAGGAAUCAGGAAGGGUCAACAGAGUGCUACAGCUCAGCUCCAGCAUUGAACACUACAAAUAUGACCACAAAAAUGGCCUAUCAUGUGAGAUUACCCUGGUUCUUCCAGUUAGCAAAGUGCACUUUGACCUCACGUCACUGGUGGUGGCACAGGCCCAGAAUGCAGUGCUCAUGGAAACUAAGGGUAUCACACGCUGCUUACUCAAUGAGAUGUCCAACAAGCAUGGUGUCAAUGAGCUAGUGCUAAAUACAGAGGGCAUCAACAUGCAAGAGCUAUUCAGACAUGGAAAUAUUCUAGACCUAAAUCGAUUGUAUUCGAAUGAAAUCCAUGCCAUGGCCAACACAUAUGGCAUUGAAGUGGCCUUGAGGGUCAUUGAAAAAGAGAUUAAAGAUGUGUUUGCUGUCUAUGGUAUCGAGGUAGACCCAAGGCACCUCUCUCUAGUGGCUGACUACAUGUGCUUUGAGGGGGUGUACAAACCUCUCAAUCGGUAUGGCAUUCAGUCAAACAGUUCUCCGUUGCAACAGAUGUCCUUUGAGACCAGCUAUAAGUUUUUGAAACAAGCUGCCACAUUGGGUUCCAUUGACACAUUGUGCUCACCCUCAGCUUGCUUAGUUGUAGGAAAAGUUGUGAAAGGGGGAACUGGGCUCUUUGAUUUGAAGCAACCUUUACAGUGACCAUGGAUGAUUAAGCACUAGGAUUAGUGCUGCCAUGCUUUGGAUGGAAGAGUAAAUCACAGUCUUGAAUUCUGACCAAAACAUAAAUAAACCUGCAUUUUAGUUCUA